AUCACAAUGCCAAGUCAAAAAGACUUUGCGUGGACACAUUGCACAACAAUUCCUGGUAGCACGAAGAUCAAGUGCAAUUGGUGUCUAGAAGAGAUCAGUGGUGGAAUUUAUUGUUUCAAAUGGCAUUUGUCCAAAGAACGAGGAAAUAACACCGUGAUAUGCAAAGCAUGCCCUCUAGAUGUCUCAUAUCAGGCAAAGCAAUCUCUUGACGGGAUUGUUGAGAGUAAGGCCAAAAAGGCAAGAAUUGGGGUUGAACUAGGUUCUAUUUUUGUAGAUCCCAGGACGAACCAUUUGGGUGAGGAGGAUGGCGAAGAUGGGUCAACACCUAAUUCUAUAGCACGUGGACCAAACACAGGUGGAGGAAACAUUAAUACUUUCUUCCAACCUCAUACUACACUAGGAUCACAAACCACUUUGGAGAGUACAGGAUGGAGGAAAACUGUCACUGAACAAGCAAAGAAGGCAAUUGGUAAUUUUUGGUAUUCCUCUCACAUGGCAUUCCAUGCUUCCAGAAAUCCAUAUUGGCAACCCAUGGUAGAUGCUAUUGCAGCCGUAGGACCUAGGUUUCAAGCCCCAUCUUGUGAGUCAUUGAGGGUUGGUAUGCUGAAAGAUGCAGUAGAGGAUAUUCAAGGUGUUGUUAAACAACAUCGGUUACAGUGGGCUAGAAUUGGUUGCAGUAUCAUGUCAGAUGGUUGGACAGAUAGAAAGAACCAAACUCAUUAACUUCCUUGUCUCUUGUGAGAUUGGCACUGUUUUUCUGAAAUCUGUGGAUGCAUCUAAUAUGAUGAAAUCCACAAAUGCAUUGUUUGAGAUGUAUGACGUGGUAGUUACGGAUGUAGGGCCACAAAAUGUGGUUCAAUUUAUCACAGACAAUGCUGCUACUUGUGUUGCUGCAGGGAGACUUCUGACAGAUAAAUACCCUUCCAUGUUUUUUACACCUUGUGCAACACGUUACCUUGAUCUAACCCUAGAAGACAUUGGAAGAAUUGAAUGGGUUAAGGCGGCAUUUCAGAAGGCUCACAAGGUUACCAAAUUUGUUUAUAAUCACACGAGGGUUUUGGCUAUAAUGCGCUCUUUCAUAGGAGGCAAGGAGCUAGUUUGACCAGGGGUGACAAGAUUUGCAACAUAUUUCCUUGCAUUACAAACAUUAUGUGAACAGAAAGGUAAUUUGAGGCAAAUGUUUGUUUCAGCUGAGUGGAUGGAGUUUGGCUUCAUAACUCAAGCAAAUGGCAUAGCAGUGGUAGAGUAUAUGUAUUCUACCACCUUUUGGGAAUCAAUUGAGCAGAUUGUAGAAUUUUCAGAGUGGAUGGGGAAAACCCCCCAUGGGAUAUGUGUAUGAGGCCAUGGAUAGGGCCAAGGAGGUGAUAAAGAGUAAGCUGGAAAAUAAUAGGGAUAGGUAUAUGCCAUUGUGGGACAUAAUUGAUAGGAGAUGGGAUGGAUAGAUGCACACUCCUCUCCAUGCUGCAGGAUACUUGCUCAAUCCUUUGUUAUUCUGUAAUAUUGACUUCAUGGAAAUUGAUGCUGAGAUACAUGGCUUCUUCAAGUGCAUGGAAAAAAUGUUUCCUGACUUGAAAAAAUUUGAUGCGGCUACGAUAGAGUUGGAAGUGUACAAGCAUUCAAAGGGUUUUCUCUCUUCUAGGGCUGCUAUACAAAGCAGAAAGACCAUUCAGCUGCAUGGUGGGCUUCUUUUGGAGACGAAAUACCAAAUUUAAGGUGGAUGGCAGUGCACAUUUUGAGCCAACCAUGCAGCUCAUCAGCUUGUGAGCGUAAUUGGAGUGUUUUUGAACAUGUACAUUCCAAGAAACGCAACCGCCUAUCACAAUGACGGAUGAAU